AGGAUGGCACAGACCAGCAGCAGGAACAGACGUCCAUUUUGUUUUUUCGUUCUUUGAAAAUUAAAGUGAGAGAGAGAGACUGAGGAGGAGAGGGUACUAUAUAAUCUUACUAAUUUAAAUGCCGGUUCUUGCCUAAGAACAGGUCACAGUCCGGAGCAACACGGUUUCCAAGCCGGGCAAGACGAGCUAGUGGGCUGUGGAAGUCGAAAGACGUGUUGUAGUGUCUUCGGACGAAGAGUUCCCUAGUCCUAGUGCCAGACGGUAGCCUACUUUGAAGUCAAUUUUUGACAGGAUGUCCGGACAAAAUAGAAGACCUCUGAUUAUUUUCAGUAGGAGCAUGAAGUCGGCCAAGUCUCGGCGCACCGCAAGAGAUACAAGCUGCAGUUCAGAAGUUGAUUGAAGUUUGAGCAUCUAUUAUUACCUAUGGCUGCUAAAGAACCUGAACAAAUGGAGAUAAAAAAUGAAAGUGAGCAGCCCCUUGAGAAGACAAAUGAAAAUGUUUCGGACAUUGAAGAAGAUAAACCAGAAGUUAAACAAGAAACUAUUGAAGAGGAGUCCAAAACUCAAGAGAAACCUCAAUCAACACCUGGCAACUCAAUCCCACACUACCGAGUCAAAAUCAGUGGCUUGCCUCGCUUUUAUACACCUACGGACCCACUUCUAGUCGAUUUUAAAAGACUGCUUGCAAAUCUUGGACUGAACUUCAAAUACAUUCGUUCGCCCAAAAAAGGCAAUUCCUGGUUGUACAUAACUUUUUACAACCAAGCUCAUCAAGAAAGAGCUUUGAAACUGUUAAGAAAUUAUAAAUGGAAAGGUCGAACACUAAUUUGUACCUUGGUCGUCGCAGAUGUGCUCAAGCGCAAACAGGAGGACAGCGGACAAGAGGCUUCCAAGAAACCAAGACUUGACAUUCCCAUAGAGGAGCAGAUGUUGAUGUCUACCAUCCCUUACCACUCUAUCUCUUACGAGGAACAGCUGAGUAAAAAGAAUGAAGAAGCCCAAUGUUUGUUCAAAUGGCUGUCAGUUUGUAUGGAGAAGAAAACCCCAGAGUUGAUCGGGUAUAUUGAUAAGCAGAUUGCCAAGUUUAGGAAGACCCAACUGCCUUUCAAAUUGGACAUGGUCAGAGCUUCGCCAGUCAUUGAUGGUUACCGCAACAAAUAUGAAUUUAGAAUUGGGAUGGAACCUACCAGUAAGAGGGUGAUUGUUGGUUACCGAGUAGACAACCAGGAAGGGGACAACAUUGCUGUGGCAGCUCCAGAUGCUAUGAGACAUCUGCCUAAGGAGAUGUUGGAGGUAGUCAAGAUAUUUGAGCAGUUUGUGCAAGAGUCCCCACACCCUCCCCAGAUCACCAACCACGACCCUGGUGUCUGGCGGCUGCUGCUGGUGAGGACCAACAAAGCUAAGCAGCUCAUGGUGGUGGUUAUGAUCAACCCCACCACCCUGCAGCCAGGCGAGAUAGAGAUACUCAGGAAACAGCUGAUAGAUUUCUUCACCACCGGGCCUGCCAGCGGGAAAAACGUUGUGUCUCUAUACUUCCACACUGACAAUGAUGUCAAAACGCUGGGUGGAGGUCACAAGGCCAAGCGGCCGCAGGGCCAGCUAGAACUGCUGUGGGGAGAGACUCACAUCGAAGAGCAGUUGCUGGACCUCAAGCUGGAGAUCGACCCCAACUUCUACUUCCAAAAUAACACGUGGGGAGCCGAGGAGCUCUACAAGGCUGUCAAGGAGCUGGCAGGAGUAGACACUGACACUACAGUGCUGGACCUGUGUUGUGGCUCUGGUGGCAUGGGCAUGAUGUUUGCCAAAGAUUGCAAGGAAGUUAUUGGUGUGGAAGUGAUGGAUGUGAACGUAGACGAUGCCAAGAGACUGGCAGCCAAGAAUGGACUGACCAACUGUGAGUUCCUCCAAGGCUCAGUAGAUGAUUUAUUUCCGGAACUGGAAGAGAAACUUAAAGGAAAGAAAGUCGUGCCUAUCCUGGAUCCUCCACGAGCUGGCAUCAGUGCUAUGUUGAUUUCUUCAUUGAGGAAAAUGAAAGAAGCUCAGCGCAUAGUUUAUGUGUGCUCUAAUCACAAAUUGCCGUCAAAAAAUAUCAUGGACCUGUCCCUACUGGAAGGGGAGAUGGGAGAGUGUAAGGGCACAGAUCCGUUUUUCCCUAUCAGAGUUAUUCCUGUGGAUAUUUCCCCACAUUCCCUCAGAUGUGAAUUGGUUAUCCUGCUAGAACGUCUGGACAUGAGCAAGAUUCCAAAGCCAUUGAGGAGUCCGAUGCCUAAAGGCAGAAACUUCUACUAUCAGGGGGAGUGGGAGGGAAAGGGUUUCAGAAUAACUGGUCACAGAGAAAGACCUGGAAGAGGAAGUCCGUUUGGAAAACGAGGAUUUCGUCCUACUCCGCGCCACAUGAGAGAACUAGGAGGGGGAUGGGCUCCUGCGGGGCCUGCCAGGGGACGCCGCCCACCCCCAGGCUUUGGUGGCCCCCCAGCAUAUGAUAACUACAUGGACUAUGAUUGUUUAGAAGUCAAACCCUAUAUUCCCCCACCACCACCUAGAGCCAACGUUUCACAUCGUUUGGCUAUUGCGAAUGCGAUGCUGGAGAGAGGUUUGAGACUGGCAGAGGAGGCAAUGGCCGAAGGUAGCUACGGAAGAGGUCCUCUUCCACCACCUCCGGGAGUGAUACCUCCCUACGCCGGGGGAUACCCUCCACACAGGGGUGGCUGGGGUGGGGACAACUACGCCAGGGGAAACUACAGAGGGGGUAGGGGGCGGGGUGGACGAGGAAACAAGUCUCGAGGAGGUUGGAGGCGCUAAACAUUGAGCAAUGCAAUGGAACACUUGCCAUAUCCAGCUUAAACAUUUCUCAUUGUACAUUAGGUUAUUACCUACUUUAUCCUCCUGGAGAAGAUGUAUUCUAUUCUAAUUACAAUUAAUAUAUAUUGCUUAUAGGCUUGAAGAAGUAUAAUUUCAUUAUAUCCAACUACAUUAGACUCCCUCUUAUCCGGACACCUUUUAACCGGACAUCGGUUUAACCGGACCACUCUCGGCAGAAAUGACAUCUCUUCAACUGGACAAUUUUUAUCAGCUCAUCGGUUUAACCGGACUAGAUCGGCAGGAAGGCCCACUGUACAAGUACCGCCCAGGUACUGAAACAACUGUUGUCGUGGGAAAGAUUUGAGAUCAGUGAUCACGUGUCUAAAUACAAUACUCUCCUAAAUUUAAGUCAAAUAUGUAGACCUAUACAGUAUGCAUUUAAACGGUCAGUUUUAACGAGUUUUUGGAGAGGUCGGUUUAACUGGAAAAACUGUUAUCCGGAUAGCUUCGGUUCUGAGAAGUCCGGAUAAGAGGGAGUCUACUGUAAAUGCAAUUUACGAAGCUAUGUUGCCUUUUAUAAGUAUGUGUAUAGACGUUGUAUGUUUUAAAUGUUUUACCAGGAAUAUAAUGUAAUUCAAUUAC